GGGUCUGACAAACUUUCGAGCGAGGGAAACAUGCGGAAGCAUUGUGAAAAUGGAUAGUAUAAAUCUGAUACCCGGUAUCCUAAGAGUUUGGUUUUGAAUUAUUUCCCUUCCCGAAACUUUAAACCCAAGUGGAGAAAUGUCUGACAUGGAUCAAGCAGUGUGAAAUUCAUGACUGAAUCAGGGCUGCCAACUUUUCGGGGUUCCGUAAAAAAGUUUGGCAGCGAGGAGGACAUCAGAGUACAGCGAGAACAAGUUGAAAUGUUACGAACUGGUCGGUCUUUACCUUUGCUCUUGCGGUUCUCUGAUGUCAUAAGCUGAUCGGUCAGCGCUGCACCAUAUAACGUCGAACACACAAAGCGUCAAGGUCUGGAUUAAAAGCAAACCUGUCUGGAUUCCACGCACGCAGAUACCUCAGAAUUAAAUUAACCCUCACCAGCGUGUGCAUGUUUGUAAACAGUACAAUCCUGCGUGAUGUUUGCUGUGACAGUUUUUAAUAAAAUAGGAAAAAAAUCUAUUGAUAUUUAUAUUUUUACAAAAUAUAAUUAUAUGCUUUUGACAUGCACCUUAGUUUAUUAAGUUUAAUAUAAUAUAAUAUUUAGUUUAAUUUAAUUUGUUAAUUUGGUUUGGUGUAUAUUGAGUGUGACAGUCCCUCUAUUGGCAGUUACAAGCAAACCUUACAAAAGCAUUACAGGUGUGCAUCUUGAGACGAUAUUUUUGAAUUAAGGCAACUUAAACAUGCAUUUAAAUCCGGGACUAUAGGAUAAGCCCUUUCCUGGAAACCACCCCUAUAAACACUAAGUCUCUCUGUGAUGGAAAUAAUUAGCAAUCCUUAUAAAAAAAAAACUUAAUUUAAAGUCCCUUCUAUGGGAAUCACCCACCUGCUUUUACCUGACCAUAUUACAUGAUGAAAUGAUUUGUCUUUUUAGUCAUGGCAUCCUCCAGCGGUCCAUUAAACGAAGAGCUUCAGUGUUUAGUGUGUCUGGAUGUGUUCAGUGAUCCGGUCACCACUCCAUGUGGACACAACUUCUGCUUGACCUGUCUGGAAGAGUGCUGGAAAGACACCUGCGUCUGUCCAGUAUGUAAAGAAAUCUUCAUGAAGAGACCUGAUCUCAAAAUUAACACAACACUCAGAGAAGUUGUGCAGCUCUUUAAAGAAAAGUUUCAUCUGAGGAAAUCUGAGGUUUCUUGUGACAUGUGUACAAAAAAAGCCAUGAAGACCUGUCUGAUAUGUCAGAGUUCUUAUUGUGAAACUCAUCUAGAACCUCACUUGAGAGUUCAGCGUCUGAAGAAACACACACUGAUCAGUCCUGUGGAAAACCUGGACGAUUAUAUCUGUCAGAAACACCAGAGACCUCUGGAGCUCUUCUGUAAAGAUGAUCAGGUAUGUGUUUGUCUGUCCUGUACUGAAGGAGAUCACAUGACUCACAACACCGUACCUAUAGAGGAGGAGAGUCAAGAGAGGAAGACUCAGGUGGUAAAGACACAAGAAGAUGUGCAGCUCAUGAUUCAGGACAGAAUCAAGAAGAUUCAAGACAUCCGAAACUCAGCAGAGAUGAUAAAGAAAAAUAUAGAUAAAGAGAAAUCAGACCAGGUGAAGAUCUUUACUAAUAUUAUCCGCUUUGCUGAGAGAAGUCAAUCUAAGUUGAUGAAGAAGAUGGAUAAGAAACAGAAAACAGCAGAGAAACAAGCUGAAGAUCUCAUUAAAGAUCUGGAGAAGGAGAUCUGUGAGCUGAAGAGGGGAAACAUUGAGCUGAAGCAGAUCUCAAACACUGAAGAUCAUCUUCAUCUCAUACAGAUUUAUCCAUCCACGUACAGGCCUGUGAACAUGAAGAGCUGCUCUGAGAUCAGUCUUGACAGUGUGCUGAAAAAAGUUAAGACUCAACUUAUGAAGACACUAGAAAAUUUCUUUAUGUAUGCAUUCUUGACGGUGAUGCAGCAUCAAAAUGCAGUGGAUGUGACUCUGGAUCCUGACACAGCUCAUCCAUAUCUCAUCCUGUCUGAUGAUGAAAAACAAGUGAGACACGGAGACAUUAGACAUCACCUCUUAGAUAAUCCCAAGAGAUUUGAUACAAGUCUAUGUGUCCUGGGAAAGGAGGGUGUCUCAUCAGGAUGCUUUUAUUUUAAAGUGCAAGUGAUAGGAAAAACUGACUGGGUUUUAGGAGUGGCCAGGGAAUCUGUUAACAGGAAAGGAGAGAUCGAACUGACACCAGCGAAUGGAUUCUGGACUUUAGCUCUAAGGAAUGAGAAUGAAUAUAAAGCUCUCGCUGGUUCUGAUGUCUCUCUGUCUCUGAAAGUGAAACCAAAGAAGAUUGGUGUGUUUGUGGAUUAUGAAGGGGGUUUAGUCAUCUUUUAUAAUGUGAACUCCCGCUCUUGUAUCUACUCUUAUAAUAAUCAAUCCUUUAAUGAAACUCUCUAUCCAUUCUUCAGCCCAUGUAACAAUGAUAAUGGUAAAAACAUAAACCCUCUCAUCAUCUUACCUGUGCGGGGUUAAGAAAAAAAUGACCAGAAAUGAAAUCAAAAAUUCCAGAUUAAACAUACGGAUACACAAAAGAUAAUUCUUUUCUGUUCACAUACACACAGCUUGUUUUAUACCAUCUGUCAAACUCACACAAUGUUUAGUUUCAAUAAACAUAAGAACUAUUUGUGAGCAGGGCAAAACUGGACCAAUAAUAACCAGAAAACCUACAACACCUUGAAAAGAAGAGACUUAUGAAUACUUUUUUAUACAGGCAAGCAGAAGCCUCAUGUACAUUCAUAAUGAGGUGAUAUACAAAUGUUCAAAGUGUCCUGUAAAUACAGUUGUUUUGCUUAAAUACUUUGUUAACUAAUUAUCUUGUCCUAUUUCAACUGUUAAAGUUAAAUUGUAAGAACAUUGUUUUAAUUUGAUUUAUAUUGUCAUAAACAGAGCAAUACACAUAUUAUAAGUACACAGUUGGUGUGUGAUACAUUAUAGAAAUAUUCAUAAACCUCUAGUUGUGUAAACAUAACAGACAGAAAGUGUUGUUAAUCAUGUUAGAUCUUUAUUCUUGACAAUCUUAAAUGUAAAUAUUCUUAUUACAAAUAAAUGUGAAUGAUCUCUCA